UCCACCAGUUUGAUCCCCUGCCUGAUGGCGCUGUAUUACAGCGGGUCGAUAUCAAUACAUCGAUCUGUGGGUCCGCUUAGCGACAGCGGGUUGUCAACUCUGCUGGUUGUCUCACCUGUGUUCGGUCGUCUGCUUCACACCUGUGGUUGGUCGUCUGUUGACACAUUCUUUUCGACCUCUCUUGUUUUUUCAUUUACAGGACAUUUCGGUUUGAUUUUAACAUUAAGAUUAUCCGGCGCAAUGACAGACGUGGCCGAUCACCCCGGGGAAAACUUUGCCAGGAGGAGACAAUCAAUACUGCCGCGUGACGGUGAUGGCAUGACCUUGGGUCCCAACAUCCGCCGGAUGUCCCGGAUGGAUGCCCCUCGCGCCAGCGUCCAGUACGGCAUGAGCGGACGGCGCAUGUCACACGUCUCAAGAAGCAGCAUUUCCGGUGCCAGCUUUUUGCUGAAAGAUUUCAAAGUGCCCGUUCAGUAUCAGAACACCUACCGGAUAGCACCAAACGCCAGCGAAAAGUUCCAGCCGUCCAAAGCCCAGCGGGUGAUGAGGGAGGUCCUCGAGUCGUACCUGAGCGCUGAGAGGUACAGCACAGACAUCUGCGGGAACAUCGUCCAGCAGAUCUCUGACGUCAUCAAGGGCAGGGUCAAGGACUUGGGCUUUAGCCCGCGCUACAAGUUUGUGUGUGUGGUGACCAUUGGUCAGAACAGGCAGCAGGGCGUGGCAGUGGCCAGCAGGAGCGUCUGGAACCCGGAGACCGACAACUUCGCCACAGCCUCCUACAAGUCUGGCGACCUGUUCGCCGUCGCCAACAUCUUCGCCACCUACUUCGAGUAGGUGCUCAAGUGUGACGCUACAACGCCGCCAUUGAUUGUUUACAUUGUGUACAUACAUUGAACUUUGAACUGUGAUACCAUUGUCCGUCCAUGUACAGGUUGUGUUCCAAUAAAAUUUAACUUUGAACAGGAGAGUACAAAUCUCACCAAAAGAGAAAAACUCAGCCCGAUAUAUCAUCCCUGCCAAAAUUAAAAAAUAUUAAA